CUUAGAAAAGGAUUAAUCCCCCUCGGGUUAUGGGGUAAACUAGAAAAUAUGGCUUAAUUCUAGAGUAAAACUGUAAGACUUCCUUCUCUUUGUACUGUGUGUGCCGUUUGGAGAGUCGGGACUUAAAGUACAAAAUCAGAACUGUAAUGCCUCCUCCCACUCUUAGGAAGGGCCAAGUUCUACUUGGAAUAGUUGGGGAUGUAAGCUCCUUCUCUGACCCAGCCUCUUCCCAGGAAAAUUUACUACUAAAUCAGAUAAGGAGGUGGUAUUAGAUUGGAGAGGUGGAAUUUGAUAUUGGCAGAAAUUGCAGUUUUGAAUAAUGUCUUUUGAGUGCUGACAUUAUUAUAUCCAUCAGCAGCAUUUGUCAAGAAAGUCUGGGGCAGGGGGUUAAAAAGAGAAAAUUAAAAGCUUUUAUGAUAAGGAGGCUGAGCAGUCCGUAUGCAGAGGAUUAAAUACAGAAAUUGUAUAAUAAACAAUAAGUGAUCUUGGAAAAAACAUGAAAUGGGAACAGGAGUCAGAGAGCAUAAAGAUACAUAGAUUGAAAAUGAGUUAGGAAAAGAAAUUCUCAUUUCAAUGGUUUUCUUGUGCUAGCCAAAAAUUUCACAAUGUUUACAAAGUCAAGACAAUGAUUCAGGAAUACAUCAAUUAUGGUUGUACAUUAUUAAUACUGUUGCUGGGCAAGAUCUGUGGUUCUCUGGUCAGCAAGUUCUGGCUAUGAAGCCACCGCCGCUGGUGCAAGGAAUUCUGGGAUGUCUGACAGUGAAAUGGAUGGAAGGACUCACAUUCCAUCUCUACUUAAUGUCCUUUUGUCCAGAAAUCGGGUCAUGCAAAUGAGCUACUUGAAAAGUAAAGAACAAGGAUAUGGAAAACUAAGCAGUGAUGAAGACCUCGAAAUAAUUGUUGAUCAAAAGCAGGUAGUAGGUGUAACCUUGAAGAAAAAGUGGCACUGUCUUCAAAAAAGUGACCUGACCCUGGCUUUGGGAAAAGGCUCUAGGGCGGCAGAUAAGGCUGUUGCCAUGGUGAUGAAGGAGAUACCGAGGGAGGAGUCUGCUGAAGAAAAGCCCCUCCUUACUAUGACAUCACAGCUGGUGAAUGAGCAACAAGAAAGCAGACCCCUCCUGAGCCCCUCCAUCGAUGACUUUCUCUGUGAAACCAAAUCGGAGGCAAUUGCAAGGCCAGUAACGUCCAAUACAGCUGUGUUGACCACAGGCUUGGAUCUCCUGGACCUGAGUGAACCAGUGUCUCAAACCCAAACCAAAGCCAAGAAAUCGGAAUCCUCAUCAAAAACUUCAUCCCUCAAGAAAAAGGCCGAUGGAUCUGACCUCAUCAGCGCAGAUGCUGAGCAGAGAGGCCAGCCUCUCAGAGGGUCCGAGACCUCAUCCUUAGAUUUAGUAGACAUUCAAACCCAACUGGAAAAAUGGGAUGAUGUUAAGUUUCAUGGAGAGCGAAAUAGCAAGGGGCAUCCAAUGGCAGAGAGAAAAUCAUGUUCAUCUAGAACGGGAUCGAAAGAGCUCUUAUGGUCUUCAGAGCACAGAUCUCAACCGGAACUGAGUAGUGGGAAGAGUGCCCUCAACUCUGAGUCAGCUUCAGAGUUGGAACUAGUGGCUCCGGCACAGGCUCGACUGACCAAAGAACAUCGCUGGGGAAGUGCUUUACUUUCUAGAAACCACUCCUUAGAAGAGGAAUUUGAAAGGGCAAAAGCAGCAGUGGAGUCAGAUACAGAGUUUUGGGAUAAGAUGCAAGCAGAAUGGGAAGAGAUGGCCCGGAGGAACUGGAUAUCUGAGAACCAAGAAGCCCAGAACCAAGUUACAGUCUCAGCUAGUGAGAAGGGAUAUUACUUUCACACUGAAAACCCCUUCAAGGACUGGCCUGGAGCAUUUGAAGAAGGCUUAAAAAGGCUGAAGGAAGGGGACCUCCCAGUCACCAUUCUGUUCAUGGAGGCAGCGAUUCUUCAGGACCCCGGGGAUGCAGAGGCUUGGCAGUUCCUCGGGAUAACACAGGCAGAGAAUGAAAAUGAACAAGCAGCCAUUGUCGCCCUCCAGAGGUGCUUAGAACUGCAGCCCAACAACUUGAAAGCUUUGAUGGCUUUGGCUGUGAGUUACACAAACACUGGUCAUCAGCAGGAUGCCUGUGAAUCUUUGAAGAAUUGGAUUAAGCAAAAUCCAAAGUACAAAUACCUUGUGAAGAGCAAGAAGGGAUCUCCAGGCCUCACUCGAAGGAUGUCUAAAUCCCCAGUUGACAGCUCUGUUCUGGAAGGAGUGAAGGAAUUAUAUCUGGAAGCUGCCCACCAAAAUGGAGACAUGAUCGACCCCGACCUCCAGACAGGCCUGGGGGUACUGUUCCACCUGAGUGGAGAGUUCAACAGAGCAAUAGAUGCAUUUAACGCUGCCUUAACUGUUCGGCCGGAGGACUAUUCAUUAUGGAACCGUCUUGGGGCAACCUUGGCCAAUGGAGACCGCAGUGAGGAAGCCGUGGAGGCCUACACUCGAGCUCUGGAGAUUCAGCCAGGCUUUAUCCGGUCCAGAUACAACCUGGGAAUCAGCUGCAUCAACCUGGGCGCCUACAGAGAAGCGGUCAGCAAUUUUCUCACUGCCCUCAGUUUGCAAAGAAAGAGCAGGAAUCAACAGCAAGUUCCUCAUCCCGCCAUCUCUGGGAAUAUCUGGGCUGCCCUCAGAAUUGCACUGUCUCUGAUGGACCAACCAGAGCUCUUCCAGGCAGCUAAUCUCGGCGACCUGGAUGUCCUCCUAAGAGCUUUCAACUUGGAUCCUUGAAGGAAACAAACAGACAAACAAACAAAAAUAAAGAAUAAUAAUUCCUCACCCGUGUUAUUGUACUGAGAAAUGAAAAACUAUUUUAUUAUGAAUUUCUGAAAGGAUAAAUCAGAUAUUCAAAAGGCCAUGGUCACAUAACCCAAGGGAAUUAAUGCCUACAGACAAUGCCCAGCCUCUGUUCAGAUCCAAAAGCACAAAAUGUUGUAUAUAGAGUCAAGGUCAGGUUCCAAAGAAGAAUUGAGAGACUAAAGACAAACCAAGAUAAAGUAAACUACGUGUACUCUUCACAAGUUGCAAGUAUAUUGCAAAUCCUGUUUGGUGGGGUCCCCAGUUGCAGCUGCCAGCCCAUCUGAGGAAGAUGUUCACAGGACCCAUGAAGAAAGCACUGCCUCAGAUCAGGGAAUUCUGACUGUUCCUAAACUGUCCCCUGAAAUUCCCCCUUUUGCAAGACUGAACAUAGUUUGGGCCAUUGGUGCAUGCACAUAUAUUAACUCGACUAAAGACAGGCAUUGCUUAAACCUGUUCCAGUUUUAACUUUUACUGUAGCCCUGUUUCCAGAGAGGGAGCUUUGCUGGCAAAAGCAGUUUUUGCACUAGAAAUUUUUGCUGUUCCCAAUCAAAACUUUUCUGGGAUUGUAUAUAUGCACUUUAAUAUCUUAUGUAUGCCUUGCUGGAGUUUGGUUUCGUUGCUCCAAUUUUUAACUUGGGGGGGGAAAGAUUUGGGAACUCAGAGUUGUUAAGAUCAACGGACCAAAUAAAUAAUUUCUGGAAAAUAGUUUUUCAUAGUGUAGGGUUUCAAAGGAGUGUUUUUUCUUAAAGCAGACCUGACAUAGGGUUAAAUGUGCAAACACAGAUCUUAUUCACAUGCUUUCUGGGACUGUAUGAACUUGGAGACCAGAUUGUGUCUCUUCAUGCAUUCUCUGCAGGAGGAAAGCUAUCAAGUGAUGAUAUCAUGAUUCCUAUUGAGUUUGCAUUAACUUGCUUAAGUGUCAUAUUUUACUAGCUUUCUAACUGCCCUGCAUAACAAAAUUCCUUUUAAACUAUUCCUAUUAAAUGGUAUUUCUUAAGAGUGAUAAUACAUUUUUCCUAAAAAGGAUGCAUUUCCUUCGUUCCAUGGUGAUCUGCACUCUUCACCUCCUUGCACUGUAAUGGAAGAUCAACAUUUUUUAACUGAACCUCACUGAAUGUCAGCCGUUUCAUAUGAAAGAUGCAUGGCCCUUUGGCUCUUAUUUUAAACAUUUAGCAAGUUUCAGGAAUUUUCUAUUGGCAGUAGUGUUUUAUUUAAUUGGUUACCUUCCACUUAGUUCUUCAGAGUAUUUUGUGUGUAUUUGAGGCUUGAUAAUUAUUUUGAUAGAUACAUUUUUUAAAUAAUUAGGAAAAAAAAUUUGCAAAAUGCUAACCAAAAUAUCACUUUACCCAGGUCCAGUUCUAGUGAAUUUUCCUAUUGUUCUUCACCUUGUCUCCUUCCUUCCUCCAGAAACUCCUUCAAGAUAGUCUGAUCUCAAGUUUUUCUUCAUGGGUUUGUUUGGGAUGGUAGUAGCUCAUUCCACUCAUGACAAUAAUUAUCAAGAGAGAAUUGGGGUCAAAACAGUUUAAUUAGAAAACAAGCUUCAGCUGAGAGGGAAAUGUGCCCACAUACUGGGAGGAGAGUGGACUCAGGGCUCAAGUAUGAACCUUCUGUGUCCCCUUGGAGUCCCUGAGUUGUGAGGGGCCUCAGGUUAGCAUGAAACCAGAAGUCCUUGAGGUGUAGAGGCAGGGCACCAUGGGGAGGGCCAGGUUUUGCAAUUCAUUGUCAAAGUUCAAGUGGGUCUGGCUUCAGCUGGGCAACAGGAAGCAGAGGCAUUCAGCAUCCACCUUUGGGCAGAAGUGACAGCCCAGUCUUGGCCUUUGUUUCUCUACAGUCUGAGCAGCAAAUAAAUCUCAAAAAUAUUUUCAAGAAUGGCAUUCUUUAGAAUUUGAGAAAUUAUUAAUUCGGUCUGAGAAGGACCCUUGGGGCUGACCUCUAACCUAUGGUAGCUGCCUUCCUGGUAGAGCAGUCUCCAAUCUCUGUUACUCCUUCCUCCUCAGGAUCUCUGUGCACUCCCCCACUGGUCAGCUGACUUGAAUCCAUCAGCGUGCAUUAGGAGCCUCAGAACAAGGAUUCAAAGCAAACUUUACAGUUGUUCUGCUUUUGAUGCCAUUCUAUACUCUCAGCUGCAACUGAAUUUGCAAUGCUAAUGAUGUGCUUGGCUCUCAGUCUUGCUUGCAGUGUGUACAAGAUAUCAGUAACCAUUUAAAACCCGAAAGUAAAGCAAAUGCAGGGUUUUGGGGAUUAAUUUGAUUGUUGCUAGGUGGGGACAAAUUUCAUGGCCCAAAUUAUAUUUUGCUAUUGGAAAACAAAAUUACUUCAAAGUCCAGGGAGUUGUUAUAGCGGAGAGAUGAUAAUUUUCCAUUCCUACCAUUAUUUAGCAAUUUUCAAAAUAUUUGGUGGGAUUUAAUGCCAGCCUAUCUACUAUUGUCCACCAGAACAAGAGUUGCAUUUUUCAAAAAUCAAGUAAAAACCAUUACUAAAAAGCAAGUGAAAAUUUAUGGAAAUAAAACACCACCAAAAAUUAAGUUUGCAAUAUUUUAGAAUACUCUUUAUUACAUAUAGCAUAUAUUUCUUGGUAUAUACUUUUUUUUUAAGACAACAGUUUGGGGCAUCAUCUUUAUGGCAGGAAAUUGUCACUUAAAUUACUAUUUCCAUUUUGAAAGAAUAGGAUGCCCUUGGUUCCCUUCUGAGGCUGCUGCUUUUUUUAAUCAAUGAGCAAUGGCUAAGAGCCCUGGAGGAUGGCACCCACUUACUACAAUGGCCACUCAGUGGCAUAGAGAUGACUUUCAGAGACUGACUGUACCAGGAAAUGGAAUGCAAAGGCAGAGAGACCCAGCAAUCUCUGCUAAGUUUCAAAGUACGACCAUUUCCUGCAGACGAUCUCUAUGGCUGCUGAUCUCAACUGGGAAAAAGAGGCAGGGGACCGAAAGAGGAAGAGCAAAGGGUCCUCUAACUGAGCCAACUGCAGCGAUUCUGGUUCUGUUCUUUCUCUCAAGAGCACUACACAAGCUCUUAGAAGAAAGGCAGAUCUUAUCCCCAGGGAACUUUAAUGGAGAACUAUGAAAUGUGCCUUUUCAGCCAGUCUGGGUUUCUACCACGAUGGCAAAGGCGUGACGCACAACUGAGUACAAGAGUCCAGAACAUGUUCGCUUUCAGGAGUUUAUUCCUCUUUCACGUUAAGAGGCCUAUUGUGUUCAAUCUUGGGCCCACGUCUAAAUUUUUACAUAGAUAAAUCUCUCUGGUGUGUUCUUGCCACACAAGCAACAUUUGAACACCGUAAUAGCUAGUACCACUUGGAGCUCCUUGAGGAAAUAAAGCAAGAUAGUCAUUUUGUGUCCCUUCCUCAUUUGUUCCUGAAUCAGUUCCAAGAGACUGGUCUGUACUUUUUGUUAUUUUGAUGGUGGCGGUGACUCUUCUCCACCUUGAAAUGCUUCUAGGUGCAUACUGGAAGCAGGGUGUUCUGAAGGGUUAAUUCAUGUGCCAUCUUUUGAGCCCACUUGUUUUAGAAAUUAAUAAACAGCCACCCUCAUAAUUUCAACUUUGUAAAACAAUUUCAAAUUCAUUUCCUGUUCAGAUUUUGCUGUACAGUUUCCCUCUUGUCUCAGUAUUUGCAGAACUGGUUGAAAUUAAACUGUUUUGAACUAAGAAGCAGAUACAUAUAUAUAUUUUUUGAGUGUUCAGAGAUGAACUCUGGCAAAAGUUUGUAAAAAGGCAAUUUUUAAAAAGCAAAUCAUAUAACCUCAGGUACAAAAAUAUCGCAUGCAUUAGUACUUACAAAUCUGCCUACUCAAAUAUUAACCAAAGCAUGCAAGAUAACUUUACUGAAUGUAAAUUUACACCAUGCAUGAUUAAGUCUCAUAGGUUAGCUUAUUUUUCCUUGCUCCUGAACAAGAGAGAAAUUUCAUGAAAUUUGUGUUUCAGGUUUUUUGGUUUUUUUUUUGGCUUUUAUCCUAUCCCUGAGAUUGAUUUCAUACAAUCACAUUGAACUUGACAGAUAUUCACAUGUCUGUUUUGUGCAAUGUUGCAGCUGGUGCCAAAUUAAAGCUCUGAGGAAUCUGGGUGCAGACAUCCAAAUGCUUCUCUUAACAGCCAGUUGGGGCACAACAGAACCAAAUUGGAACAAAUCCAUGUGUCUGCAAGCUAUUCAAUUAAAUCGUGUUCAUUACAUCAUUACAUAAAGGUUUGGGCUCUAAAUUCUUUAAAAUUUAUUUUUUAAAUAUUUUAAGUUUCAGAAAAUUAGAAAAACUGGCAUUUUAAGUAAUGCAGGGAAGUUAGAAAAAUGCUCAGACACAUGAAAAUCAUCAUAAGGCAAAGUGGACAUAGGGCCUUAAUUUCCAUAAAUGUCACUUUAGAAAUGACACAGUGUCACAUGAGAUGUGUAGAGUAUCAGCUUUGUUCUGACAUAGCCCUAUGUGUAUGGUAGGUGAGCUACCUGGGCCCCUGUCCCUUGAGAACGGAUUUGACCAAUAGAUCUGAAAGCAUGGAAGUUUGGGAGUGAAGCAGUGAUUUCACAGUCACUGAGAAUCAACUCUGAAAUCUUCUCACUCUCUGCCAUUGUCUGUAACCCCUAUUUGAAAAGAGACCAGAAGUAGACAAAAAAGCUCAGUAAGACAAUGGAGUCUUAUGUUAGUAAGAGCUUUGUUACCCACAUCAUUCUCUGAUAUCCCCCUGACACAUGCAAGCUCAAAGACCAAAUCCCACACAUACAGAGCAAAGACCAUGGCAGGAGGCACUGAACAGUUAAAAGGGAAACAAAUAUCAAAGUGUGAAGCUCAACAACCUCUCACAUGGCAUUUUGCCUUACCAAGUUUCCAAUGCCUGCAACCUCUGCAGAAAUCCAAAAUAACACACUCUGGAAACCAGUGUCCCUAUCUCACAACCGUUUCCUCAGAACCUUCUCUGCAAGAGAACUAAACUCGCAAUGUUGCAGAGUGUCACUCAGUGGGACACUUAGAAAACCUGCCUUGAAAUAAUAUCAAGAUUUGGAAAAAAAAAAAGUGAAACAAUUCUUUUCUAAAUGAUAAAUCUGCAUAGUUUUCUUUUAGUUUUUGGUUUUUUUUUUUUUUCCUUCAAAUUUUUUGGUGAGGGAAGUGGUGUGAUAUGAAAAGGACAAAGAGGCACACACAGGUCAUUUGCACAUCUGGUAUUUUCACUGAUAUAUAUGAUAUUUUUGCAUGGAUAUCAUAAAAGGAAUGUUCCAUGUGAAAAAUGAGUUCACGAUUGACUAUGUUACCAGUAGCAAGGAAAUACAGCAAACCUAGAUUUUAUCAACUUUAUUUCAUUUUCUCCGUAUAUCAUCUAACCCAAACCCUCCAUUUUCAUUGCCCAAAUUUGUUUACAUUGGUUGAAAAAAACUGAUUAAUUUAGUAAACUUUUUACAAACUAUAACAAGCAUUUAUUAACUAUUUAGAAGAGACAUUUCUAUAUAUUUUGUAUAUCUAUGACUAUUGCAUAUCUAGUCUAAUCUAAAAACAUUGUUUUAGACAAAUUCUGUGAUGCUUCCUCAUCAUACUCAAUAAUGUUUAAAAUCUUAGAAUUUCAUUUUCAAGCUGAAUUAAACGACACAGAAGAAAAAUAACUUUAAAUGUUUACAUUGAGUUUCUAAAUUAACACCAACCCAAAUUAAAUGAUCUAUAGUAAAUUAAUGACAAGGGGAAUUUAAAAGUUAUUGGCAUACUACAUGAUACUGUAUCUGUGAUUUAGUGAAAUAAUAUGUAUCAUAGCACAACUCUGUUAGGUAUGAAGUCUUCAUCUUGGUCUUUCUCUGCAUUGCUUUUUGAAAUAAAAUUACUACUGUAAAAAUAACCUCUUAUACCGAUGUGUUUAAUUUACUCAUAUGGCUUAUUAUUUGCAAAGUACCAAAAUAUUAAGGUAGUAUUUUUAUACUAUUAUUGGAAGCAUGCCUUCCCUUUUUCACAUUAUUAAAUUGUAUUUAUAUUUGUGCAGUUUUAAACUAUGUUUUCCAAUAAACUUUGUCUGUGGCUUCAAGGUCUUUUCAGGAAUCUUUCAAAAUGGAAUUUGGAGAUCAGAAUUGCUUAGAAUUGAAUAGAAUCCAAUUUGUACUACUGGCUAAAAGGUUCUUUUAUUGACUAUCGCUGCAUAUGAUCUUGCAUGAGAUAUCUGGAAAUCAGGAAUGCAUUUUUAGAUAUGCAACAAAACUUUGAAACCUUCCUCCUUUGUUAAUUUUUUAAGACUAAAAUACUAUUUAACCUGAAAUUAAAAUUUGUGACCUUUUUAGAAUAAAAGUAUCAAAAUGUA